AUUAUUACUUGAAAUUACAACGCCAAGCGAAAUGGGAAUUUCCACAAAUGAAACUUCUGACUUAGCCAUAAUUUAAAAUCAACUUAAUCGCGUGGGGUUUUGCCCAUUGAUUUUGAUAACACCCAAAAGGUAUAUAAGCCAGAUCAUGUAAUCACCAUUAGUUAAACUAGCUAUCAACAUGAAGGUCUUUCUUGUCUUUGCUUUGGCUAUUGCCUCCGUUUCUGCUGGAGUCCUACCCCAGGACAAUCCCGUGCAUCCUCGUGACCUUGAUAUCAAUGGUAGGAUUACGAACGGCAAAAACGCAGCUGAGAAUCAGUUUCCCUACCAGGUGGGACUCAGUUUCUCCAGCUCAUCUGGCAGUUGGUGGUGUGGAGGCUCCAUUAUCGCUAACACCUACGUCCUGACAGCCGCUCAUUGCACUGAUGGAUCCUCAUCGGUAAAGGUCUACUAUGGUUCCACCGUUCGCACCAGUCCGAAAUUGACCCACACCGUGUCUAGCUCCAACUUCGUGCAGCACGCCAGCUACAACUCGGCCACCCUGAAGAACGACAUUUCCCUGAUCAAGACGCCAUCGGUUACCUUCACGGCUUCCAUCAACAGGAUUGCCCUGCCUGCCAUCGCCAGCAGUUACUCCACCUACGCUGGACAGACCGCAGUGGCCUCCGGAUGGGGUAGGACCUCCGAUUCCGCUACUGCCGUGGCCACGAAGCUGCAGUACGCCGAUCUGAAGGUCAUUGACAAUUCUGUGUGCCAGCAGUUUUACGGAAGCUCCACGGUCACCAGCGGAGUCAUCUGCGUUGCCUCAGUGAACGAGGUCUCCACGUGCCAGGGUGAUUCCGGCGGUCCUUUGGCCUUGGACAGCAAACUGAUUGGUGUUACCUCUUUCGUUUAUGCCAAGGGCUGUGAGAAGAAUGCACCUGCUGGUUUCACUCGCGUCACCAGUUACCUGAAUUGGAUCAAGACCGAGUCAGGAGUAUAUGCUUAGAGGAAACUCUGUUUGACUUAUACUAAUAAAUCAUAUU